GAGAAAACAACCAUUGCAAAUUUGCAAUAUUGCAUAGUGCCGUGACUGCCAUCACGUAGGGCUUUCACAGCACUAACACUCCCAAGUCCCAAGUCCCAAGUCCCAAUUCCCAAAUCGAAGCUGCUCUCUGCCUCUCCGGCCUCCGCCAGUCCGCCGCGCUCUACGUCUCGUGUCGGCUGUGUCCUGCCGUGCUGGUUCAUCUCUGCCGAGUGUCGAAGACGAAGCACCAAGAUCUCACUAGUUCAUCGCUGGUUCAUCACUGCUCAUCUCUGGCUCACUUAGAUUUCUAUAGGUGCGAUAACCGAAAAAACCGAAUUCAGCGCACUGAUUUACCGCAUUUGCACCGAAUGCUCACCCCUACCAGAAACCCCAUCGCAACAUCUUCUUCUCCAAAUUUCACAGGGCCGCCGUCUGCUUCUCUCGUCAAUCCCUCCUCGCUCUCCCGAACAAAGAGUACGGUUGAAAGAAUUGAAUCCAAAAACAAGGACGUUUGAAGAAUCUAACUCCAAACUUCAGGAGACAGAGGCUGUCAAGAGAAGAUCAUUACCAAGAAAAAUUGGUGUUUUAAAUACGAGUCUUGCCUCUCCAGAACUGUGGAAUUGAUGAAGGCUUGCUGAAAGACUGGCAUUUGAGGAAUUGCUUCUGCUUGCAUGUGGUUUUGGUCCUGUUGGUUUCAGCUUGAGAAAGUAAUAGAGUGAAGAAAGGUCAUGGGAGGUGGACGGAAAAAUUUGAAGAGGGCUGUUGAGGAAGAGACCUUAACGCUUCAACAAGGGCAAAGCAUCAUGCAAGUUGUGGACCUGCGGGGCUCCAAUCUUAUUGAGGUAAUGGAUGCAAAAGGGGAAAGAUCGUUAGCUAUAUUUCCAGCAAAAUUUCAAAAGAGCAUGUGGAUAAAACGAGGGAACUUUGUGGUGGUUGACGAGACUGGAAGGGAGGAAGCAGCUGAAUUUGGUCGGAAAGUAGGUUGCGUUGUUAUACAAGUGCUCUUUUAUGAACGAGUACGAGUGCUCCAAAAAUCUCCUGAAUGGCCAGAAGUAUUUAAAGCAGCAACUUUAGGAAAUUCGAAGCAGGAUUUGCAGUCGCACACUUCAAAUAUGGAGGAGAAUGACAAUUCAAGUGAUGAUGAUGGACUUCCACCUUUAGAAGCCAAUACAAACAGAUUGAGACCUUUCCAAUCACAUUCAGAUACAGAGUCAGCUUCAGAUCCUGAUUCCGAGGCCUGAUGCAUACUUUUUCCUAUUUAUUAUGCAUGGAUCUCAAGAGAUGACCGGAAAACUUCUUGUAAGAAUAGAAGAAAGACGUACUUCUGUCCUGUGAUGCUGCUUCAUGGUUGAAGCUUCACCAAGUUCAGAGCAAUGCGAAAUUUUGCAAUGUCUGCUAUAUGUUUUAGGGCUUACUUUCCCACAUUUGAGACUUUAAGACGGCAGUAAAUCAUCAUACAUUAUGGUUAAAAUUGGACUCAUUUUGUGGUGUACCAUCAUGGUAGGAUAAUCUUUGAGGUGUUGCGCCCUCUAUCAAGUGAGGAUUAUUUGCAGUUCAUGAAAGGCUACUGUGGGAUUCUAGCUAGUCAUCUGCUGUUUCUUGUACGUCUCUGCGUGACAGUCAAAAAAAUGAAUGGUGUACAUGUAAGCGGAGGAAAAAUGAGGUAAAAUACAAAGAAAUCUGAAGCGGUCUUUUCAUUCCAA